UGGCCUCAUGGCAAGCCAACUAACGUAGGCAGGCACAGAUCCGAAACCUCACAGAACCUCUUCUCCAUGCGCACUCUGAAACUUUAACGUGUUUGCUGAAGUUACAUUUGUGACUGUGAGGAGGAUACUGUUUAAGCUUUUUUGUGACUGAGCUUUUUCUGAUUCCCCAAGAUACAGACUCUCUGCCUGGAGGCUGUGGAUCGAAGAUCCAGACUGAGGAGAGAAUGGCUCUCUGUGAGUCCCUGAAGACCCUCCAGGGGUUCCCGUUUAGAGACCCAGAGCUGUCUUCCCUCCUGCUGUCCCAGCUGAACAGGCUGAGACAGGAGAGGAUCCUAACAGACGUGCUGCUCUGUUCAGACAACACAGAGAUCCCCUGCCAUAGGAAUGUACUGGUGUCCUCCAGCCGAUACUUCAGGGCCAUGUUCUGCAGUAACUUUGUGGAGAGCAGACAGGGGCGUGUGGAUCUGAAGGGUAUCUCCCCUGACGUGCUCAGUGGUAUAGUGGACUAUGUGUAUACAGGAGCCAUCACCAUCAGCAUGGACAUAGUGCUGCCUCUAAUGCAGGCUGCCUCUAUGCUGCACUAUGGACGGCUGUUUGAGGCCUGCUCCACCUUCCUUCAGGAGCAGCUGAGCCCAGACAACUGUCUCAGUAUGAUCAGGUUGUCUGAGAUCCUCCACUGUGACAGUCUGAAGGAGAAGGCUAAGGAGAUGGCCGUGAGGAGCUUCUCAGACGUAGCUGCCUCCGAAGACUUCUGUGAGCUCUCCUUACCGGAGCUUAUGUGUUACCUGGAGGACGACCGACUGUGUGCAGAGGAGGAGCAGGUGUUUGAGACCCUGCUGGCGUGGAUCCACCACGACCCGUUCUCCCGGCGCGGCGCCAUACACGACCUCUUCAAGAAGGUGCGCCUGCGCUACAUCCACCCCACCUACCUGUUCCAGUUCAUCGCCAACGACCCGCUAGUGCAGUCCUCCACGCUCUGCACUGAGAUCAUUGAGUCCGUCCGUCGCCUCAUGCUCUCGGUCAGUGCCAAGUGCGGUCGUGAGCUGAAGCCCCUCUGGACCACACCGCGCCGCUACACCUGCCGAGAGACGCUCGUUGUGGUCGGAGGGCGCAAGAAUAAUGAGCAGACAUCCCGGGAAGCCCUGCUCUAUGAUGAGAGGACGCAGCGCUGGCAGUGGCUGGCCAAGCUGCCCCUGCGACUCUACAAGGCCUCCUACGUCUGUAUCCACAGCAUCCUGUAUGUGGUGGGGGGGCUCAGCCUCAGCAUGGCCUCAGGAGACAGCUCUGUGUCUGCCACCGUCUACACCCUCUCCCUCAAGACCAACCAGUGGAGGACGGCUGAGCCCAUGUUGGAGCCGCGCUACGCCCAUCAGAGUGUCUCCUAUCUCCACUUCAUCUUUGUCCUGGGGGGGAUCGGAGUUGACAAACAGAUCUCCAAUUCUGUGGAGAGGUACAACAGUAUGUUUAACCAAUGGGAGGCCAUGGCUCCUCUCCCCAGCGCCGUGCUGCACCCCGCCGUCGCCGCCAACGACCAGAGGGUCUAUGUGUUUGGAGGGGAGGACGCCAUGCAGAACCCUGUCAGGGAGAUACAGGUGUACCACAUCUCCAGGAACCUGUGGUCCAGAUUGGAAACCAGGACAGUGAAGAACGUCUGUGCACCUGCUGCUGUCAUCGAAGAUAAGAUCUACAUCAUUGGAGGGUACACGAGACGGAUGAUCGCCUACGACACCAAAGCCAACAAGUUUGUAAAGUGUGAGAACCUGAAGGAGAGGCGAAUGCACCACAGCGCCACGGUCAUCAACAACAAGCUGUACGUGACGGGGGGGCGCUUCCUGAAUGGGCACGACACCAUCGAGGACUCGGACUGCUUCGAGUGUUACGACCCCAAGACGGACGUGUGGACCUCCAAGGGGACGCUGCCAUACAAACUGUUCGACCACGGCUCCCUGCCUCUGGUCUGUGUCUCCAACAGACCCAACCCCCCCUGAGUGACCCACAACAUCUUAUCAACAUCAUCUGGUCGUCUGGAGUUCAACAGUAGGGUGAACAGUGGGACUGACUUCUACAGCUGCCUCUCUGUCCCCCAUUACAGAUGCAAUGUCCUCCACUCCUCCAGUCCGUUGUCACAUUUGAGCUGGUCCACAAACUGUAUAUGAUCUCUCUGAUGAGUGACCCACAACAUCCCCAAAACUCCUUGGACUCCUAGCCUAGCCGGCUCCUAACCUAAUCUAACUAGCUACCUGUCAUGGACUCCUAGCCUAGCCGGCUCCUAACCUAAUCUAGCUAGCUACCUGUCAUGUUACUCCUUCACAGCAGUUAUAAUUGGACACCACAGCUGGGAUCGGAAACCAUCUGAACAGACAGACGUUGGUCUCUUCUCUCACACAGUCACAGGACGUCAACACACGCCUCAGACAUGGUCUUGAUGCUAGCAUCUGUGGCAUUCUAAAUCAAAACCUGAGAUCUUAGCUGGCAGGCAGAGGUGUCACAUUGGC